AUGGCAGAAGCAGUCGGUCUAGCCCUCAGCGUCCUCCCCAUCGUCAUCUGGGCGCUGGAGAAGUACUCGGAGCCUUUGGAAGCAUACACCGGGUAUCACAAUGCAAUCAGCACGCUUCAGGCCAACCUGCAGAUCCAGCGGAUGCAUCUCGAGGCGACCUUUCAGAGCAUCGGCUUGCGACACCCGACGCCGCGCGAGCUGCAUGAGUGCCUGCGCCAAAAGUUUCCGCAGAACCACCGUGAGAUUCUCUUUAUUAUUCGGCAGAUGGACGACAUGAUGAUGAAAUUGAUGGAGAAUCUACAAGUAGACAUGAGCCGCAAACCCUUGUGGACACACGAAUCUUCCGAAAGGGCAUCGUGGGAAUGGCGCCGCGUCAAACGAAGUUUCCGCGCAAAGAAAUGCGACAAGAUCAUCCACGAUCUGCGCAACUGGAACGACGACCUCCGGCAUCUCAUAGAAAGCGCAGCAACUCUCCCACAUGACGAGAGCUACGCCAUGAGGAGAGUAAGGCGGCUGUACAAUAGGAGCAACUGCGAAUCAGUCCGAAACACCCUUCGAGCUCUCCAUCGAGCGCUUCAGGCAGGGUUAGAUAGGGAUGGCGCGAAGAGCCAUCAGGUGUGUAUCGAGCUAAACAGCCUUCACGCAGGAGGGAUUCCUCUUUUGACGUUUCGAAUUGGUAUUUUGCACGAGUUGGAUGAUGCUCGAACUGCUCCGUGGAGAGUCUUUUAUGCCGCUGAAGAAGCAACCAAAAAGUCCACGGACCGUCGACUCUCCGGUCGAGACGAUCAUCCUAUUCACAAGGGUUACGCGAGAUGGCACAUGGCAUAUGGAGCAAAUCGCGAGAUUCAUUCAAACAACUCCCCACCCCAAGAGGUCCGUAUUCUCCAAGUUCCUCACUCGCAAACAGCCCAUCUAACUCAACAUUUCCAAACCACAGCCAGCGUAGAAGACACAUCAAUCAUCCCAAGCAUCUCCGAAAUCAUCGCCCCCAGCCCUCCCCCCAUAACCAAUCUCUGCAACGACUUCGACUCAUCCCCCCACGAAGACGUCUUCGGCUCCCUCAAAGACCCAACCCCCUCAUCAUCCCACGAACAAACAAUCUUCUCCCUAAGCCACGUAUCGCGAAACCACGACGCAAUCCUACGAGACGUCUCCCUCGAGAAAAUCAUCGCCACGGAAUCCCAGCGCGUAGCUCCCGCCAUCCAACCCCUCUCCGCAAAACGAAGAUACGGCAUCGCCGCCUCCCUCGCUUGGGCGGUCCUAUACCUCUCCGGCAGCCCCUGGCUCUCCCACGGCCUAGACAGACGCAAAGUCAAGCUCUUCCUCCAACGAAAACAAGCAAACGGCUACAUAAGCCUUUCCGAGAAAGUCUACCUCUCAUGCAUAAUCUCCAAGACGUCGCUCCCAUCGCCAGCAUCGUCAUCCACCUCGCUCGGUCAAACAACCCCAAAGAACCUCAUCUUCGAGCUCGGCAUUCUCCUCAUCGAACUCGCCGUCAAUCAAUCCUUCAGCCAAGAGUCACUCUCUGCUAUACUUCAACACGAUUACCGCCCGCUGAAGCACUACCUUGAUCGUGUAGAGCUAGAAGCUGGGAUAUACUACUUCAACGCCGCUCAGCGAUGCGUAUACAGUGUCUUUCUCGCUGAUCAAGAGCAGAUGGACUUUGAUCUGGAUAAGUUCCAGCAUGAGUUUUACAGUACGGUUGUGGCGCCUCUGCAAGCGACGUAUGAGGCGCGAUAG